UUGUGUUCACUUUAAGAAUCCUUUACAGUACCCCUUUUUAAAUUUGUUUGCAACAAACGAAUUUAAAAACUGUGUUAGAUGUUCACAUUUGUAGUUACAGAUUUAAUUAAGCAUGGAUACAGUGCGAAAAGCGGGCAUAGCAUUUAUUAUAUUAGGUCUUAUUACCAUUGGAUUGUGUUUUCGUAGAUGCGAUCUUGAUGAUGGACCAAGCGGAGUUUACGACUGUUUACUAUUAAAAGGCUACGAUCUUCCGCAGUAUGCAACAUGCCUAACAAAUUCCUAUGUUGAGAUGAAAACAAAUUACCGAUAUGCCUGUGAAGAAAAUCUGUAUGGCAUACGUCCUACAUACUGCUGGUAUCAGUGUAUGGUUGAAUUACAUGAUAUGGAUAAUGGACAGGUUUACAACGACUGUGCAUGUACCCCUGGACAACAUGUAACAAAAUACCAAGGAUAUAUCUCGACUACACAUUCACCUAUACCUGGACGAUGUCACACUCCUACAGGAUAUGACUGCCUAUGGUUUCGCACUUGCUUAAAAUCUAAAUAUUCUUGUGAUGGUACAGAUUACAAAGAACUGAUGGAAUUAGGUUCUCACUUUUGUAACUUUGCAUCAACAACUAAAACGAAGAUUUCCGAAAAUGGUUGUUUAUGGUAUGAAAAUGCUCAGAAAUGCUUCCAAGUCCAAAUGGCUCCUGUUUUGAAGCAGUGGUUGCAUCUCAACUGUUCAACAGUAGAAAAGAAAGCUACUUAUGUACGUAACCAGUGUCUUUUAAAACCACUUGGCGUCAUAUCAUUAUGCGAUUUGUCCCAUGAUGAUGUAUGGACUAUAUUUUGGAGCAUAAGGGAAUCUUUCGACACAAAUCUUGUUCCAAGCAUUACGGAUCUCAUGAACUUAAUUCGUAAUUGUUCAACAUCAGAAAAGGAAAGUAAUGUCAGGGAAAUGAGACUUUUCUUCCCACCGACGCUCAUUAUUCACGUUACAAAUAAAAUGAUUGAGGAGUAUUUUUCUAAAAUUGUUGCAAAAAUGAGUUGGCAAGACGAAGGCAUACGUUGGUUUUGCGUAUUGUUACGACAAAUGACUGUAUAUCUAGCUGUACGACCAAAAAACCACAAAAGUCAAGAGAAGCAGAAUUAUACAAGUUUAGAUAUGGCACUGAUGAAAUUCGCAAAUGCCUUCAAAGAUGGUAAAUUUCAGUUCAAUAUUCAGGGGAACUUGAUACAGCUUGACAAAAUGUUCGUGUGUAAAGACAUCAAUUGUGAAGAUACGUACCUACACCGUAACGCCUCAUACCCAGAAAAAAAUAGACCUAGAAGUCAAGAGGAACAGAAACACAGCCAUGUUGGUAUCACGGAGAUAGGAAUCGGAGUGUUUGUAGGGAUAUUUGUUGUUGCCGUAUGUGUCAUGUGCUUAGCAAGAUGGGUACAACUUAACAGACCGCGUGAUAUCAGACAUGUCAUCCUAACGGAAGACUAGGAAUAACCUUGUAUCUGAAUUUGAUUAAGAUUUGAAACGUUGGCGUUCACCACUUUAUAAAAAUAUUGCUACUCAUUUAGUAUCAUUGUUUACUUAUGUAGAUUCUCCAUUACUCGAUCAGUAAUUCAUUUUUGAGGAUUGCCUUGAUAACCAUCAGUCAUCAAUCAAAAUCAACGAAAUACAAAAUUAUCAUGGAUAACAUUCUAUGAAGAAUUUAUAAAAAAUCAGGGAUCCUAGAUUAAUAUAUUUCUUUUCUGUGGCUAAUUUCCAUAAAACAAAUCGAGUACUAACAACCAUUUGAAUGAUUUUCGUGUGUGAGUGAGUGUGUGUAAGUGUGUGUGUGUGUGUGUGUGUGUGUGUGUGUGUGUUUGUGUAGAACUAAUUUUUGACACAUUUGACAGUUUUAACUGUCUUUUCAUGUUGCUAUGUUAUAAUUUGGCUUUUGUUUUGAAAGAUAUUUUUUUUCUCUAAUUCUUACUCGAUUUAUCCUUUUCCUGACCUGUUGAUUAUUUUUAUUUAAUAAACGUGUGGUUCGUUUGA